UCUCUCAUUCAAUGGGCGGGCGUACUAGUCGCGGCGUGCACGCGGCCGCGCGUUCGGGUGUCACAUAAAAACCAGUCGAACUCCUCGCUCUCCUCUCAAAACGACGGGACCAGAACCUCAAAACGGACGACGAGUGCCGACCUACACCAGUAUAAAUUAUAGGAGGAAGUCUAGAAGAAACGCACAGGCGCGUGAUCCUUAUCCAACUUCCCAUUACACGUCUGCGUGGAAUGCAGUAACCGGGGUGUGACGGUCAUGGGGGACUCGUUCUUCAACUGCUGUUAUCUCCCACCCCAGCCCCCAGGAGAGGAGGAGCCCCCCGGCUCCCGAACCCGCGGCGAGAGCAGAAUGGCCUCGCGUAUCUCCCCGGACAAGCGCUUCCUCAUCUUCUUUGAUUUUGAUGAGACCAUCGUGGACGAGACCAGCGACGACAUGGUGGUGCAGACAGCGCCCAACCAGCAUCUCCCCGCCUGGCUGAAGGACACGUACCAACCGGGCCGCUACAACGAGUACAUGCAACGGGUGUUGGCUUAUUUGGCUGAGCAGGGCGUCACUGAGAGCGACAUCCGCACCGUCAUGGAGAAGCUGCCCGCCACCCCUGGCAUGCUGGCGCUGCUCCAAUUCCUGCGCAACCGCCCGCCGCACGACUUCGAGGUGGUCCUGCUCUCGGACGCCAACACCUUCUUCAUCGAAUCCUGGUUGAGGCGAGCCGGCACCCGGUCCCUCUUCCAUCGCAUCUUCUCCAACCCGGCCACCUUCAACAGGGAGGGGCGGCUGGUGCUGAGGCCUUUCCACUCUCACGAGUGCCCGCGUUGCCCUGCGAACAUGUGCAAGCAGGCGGUGGUAAGAGAGUACAUCACACGCCGGAUCCAGGAGAGGGGGCGCCCCUACCAGAGGGUCUUCUACGUGGGCGACGGCGCCAACGACUUCUGCCCGGCGCUCGCCAUGGGGCCCCGGGACAUGGUCUUCCCACGGCGAGACUUCCCCAUGCACCGCCUCAUCACCGAGACCCACGAGGCCACGCCGGGGGAGUUCAAGGCGGUGACGGUGCCCUGGUCCUCCGCUGAGGAGGUGGUCCAACGUCUCAGGAAGCUUGUGGCCGAGUAGGGAUGUUAAUUGGGAUGAGCAUUGCAAUCGAUUAAUUACACUGGUCAAUCGCAAUAUUUCGGCUGUAUGUGUCCCAAAAUGUAUUUUCGACGAAGAGUUAAAAUAUGCCUUGAUUUGUUUUUGUUGCACGUCAGGUUUUUGAGAUACUGUACUCGUACUUUGGUUUUUAGUUUUAAGUUUCACCCACACAUAUUCUACCAGGUGUUGUAAUUGAGAACUUCAGAAAAAAAAAAUCCACUUGAUGCUGAACUUGACCCUUAAAUCAUAAAUAUGACUCAAUAUACGACUUUAUUAUGUAUUAUGUUGUACUUCUUUAUAAUUGAAUUAUCAUUGUUAUUGCGAAAAGCUGAUGUGCUCAAGACAAAAAAAACGACGGCAGAGUUAAAAUCAGCCCCAAAAAAUUAAUCUCGAAAAUUUUACUUGCGUCUCCGAUUAAAAAUAAAAUAGUAAAAAUUGUUGACCAGUGUAAUUAAUUGUUGGAAAUGAUUGUUGAAAUGCACUAUUCGGGUGCAAUCAGCGGAGGUGAUGUUGAGUCAGUUUAAUUUGCCUUCCAAAUAAAAUAAUUUGUAAGGCCAGCUACCGGUACUUUAAAAUGGACAUAAUUGAAUGCCCAUCCCUAUUUACAGCACUUAUGCAAAGUGCACUUUAGAGCUCAUUAUCGGGAAAACUCUUAAAAUGAAUAACCUAGCCUUAAAAAUCCAAAUAAAACUGAAAUUUUGACGCACUUGAAUACCCAUCCCUAAUAAAUAUGUAUAUGCUCCUAUACUUAGAAUGUGCAUUUCAGAUCACAUUAUUGGGGAAACUCUAAAAAUGAAGAAACUUGCAAAGCGUUUUUCAGAGCACAUUAUU